AUGAACAGGACAAGCUGGUCCUUGAGGCAGAAGGGUCAGAUCCAAUUAGGCGAUGAGAAGCAACCCGAUGGUCCAUCACGUAUUAUACCAGUCAAAAAGGAACAUCUUGAAGAUGGCAUACUCCAGCUUUUGGCUUCAGCCGCAGACAUGCAGCAAAGGCGAGAUUUAGAUUCAGCGCUCCAACUCUAUGAAGCUGCUAUGGAAAAAGUCAAAUCUCAUGGGCUCAAUCGCAAACGUCUCUUUACUGGGACAAAUAAAAAGCCUCCACCCUUGAACAGCCGGACUCCCUUGGAGUGGUCCCUGCAUGUAGGGGACAUGCCGUCUGCCAUCUGCCUGCUUGGAGGCCCCAGUACUGCCCUCGCAGAGUUGGGUACGUCGGGAAGUCUCGAUCAGGUUCGCCAAAUCUUAGAUGCUGGUGCAAGCAUCGAGCAACGCAUCGGAUCAUUUGGACAGACAUUUAUGCUGCAGGAAGCUUCCAAAGGAAACCUCAACGGUGUCAACUUAGCUCUUGAACGGGGGGCAAGUGUCCACUGUAUGGAUGACAACGGCGAUACUCCACUGGCGUUAGCUCUGCGAUGUCAGCAUCCUCAGGCCAACUUGGUUGUUGCAGCCCUUUUAGCAGCCGGUGCCGAUGUCAAUGCCAUCGACGGCAAAGGCCAACCUCUCUUUAAGGUGACUGUUGCUCAUGGCCAGCUUGAGAACGUAGCGCAAAUUAUGAGCGCGCUGAAUCCCGUCACUGUGGAGCAUAGUCAAAUCAUGCGGAAUUGGGCUGCGAGUCUUCCAGUCCAUGGCGAUAAAUGGAGUACUCGCGACUGCUCAGUGUUGCGCUUCUUGUUAGGCCAUGGCCUCGAUCCCAACUUGCGUCUUGGACCAAACAAGACAUCUACUAUGCUCGACGUUGCUGUUCAACGACAGGCAGCUGGCAGCGAACGCCUAGCGGCUCAACUCUUGAAAGCUGGCGCGAAGCCAAAUAUAGAGGCAGCCUUGCAUGGUAGCACUCCGAAGAUGCUCGAACUCAUUCUGCAGAAUGUUGGCUCUUUGAGAGAAACAAGCCAGCAGCCGAUCAUCGCAUGGAUAGCAAGUUUACAUGCUUACCCUCAGCAGUGGACUAAGCGUGAUGGCGAAGUCCUCAACUUACUAUUAGACUUUGGCUUAGAUCCCAACAUUCGUCGUCCUGCAUUUCCGCAUCCUCCACUCGUCGUCUGCGCCGCUAGCUAUGGCGACAUUGACUUUCUACAACGACUGAUCAAAAACGGCGCUGAUCUCGGCGCCACCGAUGACAACUCGGACACCGCGAUUAUCGUUGCAGCAAAACAGAAAAACAAGCACAUCUACGACGCCUUGAAAGCAGCUGGGGUCAGCGACAGAUACUUUUUAUUCGGACUUGGAAGUGUGUGGACGUACUAUGCUAGCUCUUAA